AUCAAACAAAACAAGAGGUGAAACCGCGGCAUCCUCAACCGCAUUAACUUUGCCCUCUGCGACAAGCCUGGCAAAAAUUUGGGCCCGGCCUCGUACGAAGUACCAAAUAUGACACACCUUAAUUUCAUCUGCGUCCAAGCGCGACUAAACCCCAGGUCGUGUCUACCUGCUGAUGCCACCAUGCCCCCCCGAUCCCAUCAUGUCUCCUCUACCUGCACGGCCAUCGAUGCCGGCCCCAUAUUUGUUUGGGUGGCACUUGAGAGCACUAUUGGCUGCUUGUCUUGGAUCAGUCGCCCUCCAAGCCAGUCCGCCCUGCGAUGGCGCCUUAGCUGGGCUGGGCUCGUUUUUCUCAAAUCGUUUUGUUUCGCCUCCUCGCUCUUCUUUCUUCUCCUUCUCCUCACCAUCUCCUCAAACGUUUCUGCUCGUUUCACAAACUCCAUCAACAAAAGACUUCGUUGGCAAAGUCUUGUCCAUUCCUUCACUUGACGCAUCUCUUGGAUAUCGAUUGUCCAUUAUUAUACGCUCAUCACACUCAUUUACAUCACGCAACAACAACAAACCACAUACCACACCAUAACCGCUCCCUCCAGCGCAUCUCAAGUAUUUCGAACAUUUCGAGUGAAUCACUCCAGAUAUCCAUCAUCUUGCUUGAUUCUACUGCUAUACUAGCG